GUUUUCCUCUAAUCCAGGGUGCUCCUGGGGCUGAGUGCAGGAGUGCUGAAAAUCUCAAGACUUGGGCUACUUGGGGUUCUUUAGGUGACCUGGGGGGCAAGCAGACAGACAUCACUUCCCGCUCUGAACGAGGUCCGUUAGGGAGGAGUGCUGUAGUCUGGCGAUGUGCCAUUCCCUUCCAUGGUCGUUGUGAGCCAUACAGUCAUCCUUGGCCUGGUCCCGCCCUUGGGGAAGAAUGGGCCCCUCUGUCCGGAGGCCCCUGCGACGUGCUGAGCAUCCAGACAUGGCAAAGCGCCUGCAGGGUGUGGGGUCUCCAUUGCAGGAUUCUGCUUGUUCGUUUCCGGCGGGAUAAGUGCACAAUGGGGUCUCUAAGGACUGCUUCCCGCCGCUGGCCCCAUUGUUGCCAUCCCUGCCUUCCUCCUGGGCCUCUUUAUUUUGUAAAGGGCUAGUGAGACCCUGGACAGACAAAGCCUGUGGCCUGAAAGCCCUAAAGUGAGGUGUGUGCCCUAGGUUUCUCAGGCCCCAACCAAGCACAUUCCUGCCACCUCUCUCUCAUGAUUCUGAGAAACUGCUUCAGCUCCAGUGCUGAGUGAAGUGGAGUGGGGGUCCAGAAAUGGCUUUCUGUCCUUGCAUGCCCCCCUUUAAGGCUUUCAUCCAUCAUCAGUCCCAGUGGGUUGUUCAUUCUUUGGUAGGAAACAGGCUGAGAGAGGGGCAAGGCUGGGCAGGGACCAGACAUAUGGUUCCUUGCUCCAGACUGUGCCAGUGAAGGUACCUGGUGGUGACACACCCUAUAUAGGCCCUGGAACGGCUACCUUGAAAUGUUUAUAGGCAGAUAGCUUAAAUCACGCCUGUAUAUUCUGGGGGUGGGCAGAGAGCAUGCCACCAGUACUUAGACUGCCUGCUUAUGGAGUGGGAGGGGCGAUGAGGGCCAGAGAUCGCUCUUGGAGAGCAGGUGAUGCCAUUUUCUUCCAUCUGCCUCAGAACUGGCUUCCUGCUACUUGCUCUCAUUUUCCCAAACUCCGUGAAGUGCUAAGGGCUUACCCUGGCACCUUUCCAUCUGGGUGUAGGGGAAGACUGGGCCAGUGGCCUCAUGUUUGCUCCAGGGAUCAAGUGACAAAGGCCUCCAAAGUGGAAGCAGGGAUGGGGGAGUGGCGUGUGGGAGCAGGUGGGCUAAAAUCACAGGAGCUAGCCUGGGAAAAACCUGUGUGGACCAGAGGACCAGGGGGCUCUGUGUGGGUGCCAGUGUCAGGUAGAGUUGCCAGCGCUUUCUGGGUGCUUUAGGCUGGAGAAUACUGCCAGGAGCAGCAGACAAGAAUAGCUGUGCUCAAGCAGCCCUGUCUAGAAUUCAGUGUGUGGGAGAGGGAGGGCUGCGCUCCAGUUCUCCCAGUGGCCAGAUUCUGAGCUGGGUAGAGCAGAGCCUCUCUUCACAGAAUACGCAUACUCCUGCUGCCUUGGGACACCCGUCCUUCAGAUUGUUUUGGAGGAAAACACUGCACCUGGGUGACAGGGUAGUGGUCUUGGGCACCUCAAUUUGGAAGUCAUCACGGUCUCUACUAGAGAGAGUUGAGGAGAAUCAGGACAGGACUGUGCAUAGACAAGGAGGAACUGACAUUCAUGGCCAUUUGGCUUUAAUGUGGGUGGUCGGGUCCAACAGAUUGACUCAAGGCUCUAUCUGUUUCCAUGCAGGGCCUUACUAGGAGUUACUCAACCCUUUAUUUUUGAAGGAAGGAGAUCUUCCGGGCUCCUGGGCUGUCUUUCACCCCAGGCUGGGCCAGCUGCCAGCACCCAGCCUCUCACAUCCGGCCCCCUCCCUCCACACUCACUAGAGAGCCUACAUCUGUCUGUAUCUACCCGCCCCUCUCCUUCGACCCCAGAACACCCUCUAUUUUCUUCCUAAUUGUCGUUACUGUCGGAGGGACUGGAAGGAUGUCCUCCGUGGGUUGUUUAUGGGUGUUUGGUAGGCUUUCAGAAAGUCUUGGUCAGCAGAAUCCUCAAAAGAAUGACUUCCAGUUACAGUGGCCCUGGUUUUAACCCGGGGCUGCGCGGGAGGAACGGUAUGGCCUCGGGGAUCCAGACCAGAGAUUCCAUAUAGUUGUCUUCAGGGUAGACCCAGAGGCUAGCCGCUGUAGAUCCUGGACCAUAGACCCACGAGGGGCAAACUCUCUAAGGUUCGCCUAUCGCCUGGGUCAUUGGGACUCGAUUACCAUCACCCGGAACCCACGGGAGGGGCCACGCCCGCUUGGGCGGGGAAGAAUGAGUGACGGACGGGCCGGACGGUCCCCCUCCACUUCCGGCGUUUGAUACCGGCUUCUACUUAGACUUAAUGCAGUCGUUGCUGCGACUGGGUUAGGCGCCGAGCAGAGACUACGGCUCAGGCCGGGGGUAACCGGGAGGGCAGCUGCCUCCAGUUCUCGGCUGGGGGCCUUGGGAGGGACGGCUCUGAAUUGCGUAUCUCUCAACCAUGGAUCACGACGACCCGGCCGAGGCGUUGACUGCGCUGCGCGAGAGGCGGCCGAGUUUGCUGGAGCUAUUGCAAGUGGCGACAGGCUCCGGGUUGGUUGCCUACACCGUGUGGGCGCUGCUUCUGCAGCCGGGCUUCCGUCGUGUGCCUCUAAAGCUGCAGGUGCGAUGCAGAACCAAAACUAGUGCGAGAUCAAGGGGAGGGACUAAGGCUACCGUGCCCUACAUUGGUGCGAGUGCUCGGCAGGUUGAGCACGUGCUGUCGCUGUUACGAGGCCGCCCUGGAAAAAUGGUGGAUCUAGGCUCUGGUGAUGGCAGGAUCGUGCUGGCGGCCCACCAAUGUGGUCUCCGUCCAGCUGUGGGGUAUGAGCUGAACCCGUGGCUUGUGGGACUUGCAUGGCUGCAUGCCUGGAGGGCUGGUUGUUCUGGGAGUGUCUGCUACCAUCGGAAAGAUCUUUGGAAGGUGAGCCUCAGAGACUGUCACAAUGUGUCUGUGUUCCUGGCCCCCAGUGUGCUCCCACUGCUGGAAGAUAAGCUGCAAAAAGAACUACCUGCAGGGGCCCGUGUGGUAUCUGGACGUUUCCCCCUUCCCACCUGGCAGCCUGUAGCUGUGGUGGGUGAAGGCGUGGACAGAGUCUGGGCCUAUGACGUCCAUGGUGCUGGGCCAACUGUGUCUUCUUGCGGGGUGCCCAGCAAGGCCAUCCCAGAGUCCAGUUCUACCUCCAUCCCUAGGACUUUAGUUUGACAGGCUGGUUGACUGAAUAUAAUAAAGACUCUGUGAGUUCAA